GAUGCUCACAACUGUGAACUGGAAUUCGACCGGACCCGUUUUGCCUCCCUGUUUGCUGUCUAUGACGGACAUGGUGGCUCUGAGGUGGCUCGGUAUUGUGCCAACUACUUGCCGCAAUUCCUACGUAAUCUUCCGUCGUACGUUAAUAAAGGCGAUCUCUCGGAUACACUGAAACAACUGUUCCUGGAUUUUGACGCUUCAUUGACAACUCCCGAGGCGACUAUAUCAAACAGUUCAGACAAGAUUGCUCAAUCCGAAACUGCUCCAACCGAGUCGGCAGAUACUUCGACCACCGAAGAGAACGGCGAUGGCACAAAUGAUUCCGGUUUGCCUGAAACCGGCGAGGCGAAACGACCUCGGAGAUCCGGAAUUGAACCAGGCGUGGACAGUGGAACAACUGCCUGUGUCGCUCUUGUCCUGCCGGUGAACGGUGCUGUUCGUUUGUACGUAGCCAACGCUGGAGAUUCGCGGGCCGUUUUGUGCCGUGGUCGUGCCGCCGUUGAUUUGUCAGUAGAUCACAAACCGGAAGAUGAGGAUGAAAAAGCUCGCAUCCAAGCUGCCGGUGGCACGGUCACCCGCGAUGGUCGUGUUAAUGGAGGAUUGAAUUUGAGCCGAGCUCUAGGGGACCACAAUUACAAACAAGUUCAACAUCUUUCAUUGUCCGAACAAAUGAUCACUCCCACACCGGACGUUAGUCAGUACGAUCUAAUCCCAGGCUCGGACGAGUUUGUGGUCCUCGCUUGCGACGGUGUAUGGAACUCAAUGACCAGUCAGGAAGUCGUUGAUUUUGUAUACGAUCGACUCCAUUCCACGACCACGAAUAAUAAUGAUUCCGCGCAGGAUGGAAAAUCCAACGAUUCGGCAGGCGAGCCGACAGAUAAGGAUGACAGUGACGAGAAAAAGGAUUCCGAUGCCUCUGAGGCAACCAGAUUAUCGCGGAUAUGCGAGCAGGUGCGUUUCUGUCACUCAUCUGUCCAAUAA